UGUAACAUAAUAGUCAAUUCAUCAACCACCGCCACCACCUAUAGCUCAAACCAAUAAAAAAAAAAAAAGAAAAAGAAAAAUCCAUCACCACCACGCCACCACCAACAGCUACAAUGGCUUUCCAAAAUAACCACCUUCACUUCGUUUUAGUACCUGUAAUGGCCCCAGGCCACUUCAUACCCAUGAUUGACAUGGCCAAAUUAUUGGCACAACACGGUGUGACUGUCACCGUCGUCACCACCCCUCUUAUUGCUUCCAGAUUCAACCCAAUCAUCAACCGUGCAAUUGAAUCCGGACUCCCCCUCCGCCUUCUCUCUCUCCGGUUCCCGUCCGUGGAGGCCGGCCUGCCGGAGGGGUGCGAAACGGUAGACACUCUUCCCUCUAUACACCUAAUGAGAAAUUUCUUCGUUGCCAUCUGCCUGUUGCAAGAACCAUUUGAGCAGUUGUUUGGAACGCUCGAGCCGUCACCAAGUUGCAUAAUAGCUGACAAAAGUAUUGCUUGGGUAGCCGACACUGCUCGAAAGUUUCAAAUUCCCAGAAUUAUUUUUGAUGGAACGAGUUGCUUCACUCUUUUAUGCACACACAAUUUACAUAUUACCAAAGUUCAUGAGAGUGUGUCCGAGUCAGAACCGUUCGAGCUCCCUGGCUUGCCUGAAAAAAUUCAGCUAACAAAAUCUCAGUUGCCUAAUUCAAUCAAUCCAGGUUCAUUAUUGGACGUGCAAGACAUCCGGGUGAAAAUACAAGCCGCGGAAGCCGAAGCAUAUGGGGUGGUGAUUAACAGUUUCGAAGAGCUGGAACCGAGAUACAUGGACGAGUAUCGAAAGGUGAAAGGAGACAAAGUUUGGUGCAUUGGACCGCUAUCAUUAUGCAAUAAAGACAACUUGGACAAGGCUCAAAGAGGAAACAAGGCUGCCAUUGAUGAAAACCUGUGUUUGAAGUGGCUCGAUGAACAAGAGCCAGGAUCGGUGGUCUACGCAUGCCUUGGAAGCACCGGUCGCCUCUCACCUCUUCAAUUAAUCGAGCUGGGUUUAAGCUUGGAAGCAUCAAAACGCCCAUUUGUGUGGGUCAUAAGAGGCGGAGCAAAAGCAGCAGAGAUAGAGAAGUGGGUGGAAGAAGAUGGAUUCGAGGAGAGAGUAAAAGGAAAUGGCCUUGUGAUCCGAGGGUGGGCACCGCAAGUACUCAUAUUGUCGCACCCAGCGGUGGGGGCAUUUUUGACACACUGUGGGUGGAAUUCGACAUUGGAAGGGGUUUGUGCGGGUGUGCCGAUGAUAACUUGGCCCAUGUUCGCAGAGCAAUUUUUUAAUGAGAAGCUGAUUGUGCAGAUUUUGGAGACCGGAGUGAGUGUUGGGGCUCAGGCAAUUGGGCACAUGUUUGGGGAAGACAAGUGUACGGUGUUGGUGAAGAGAGAGGUAGUUAGGGAAGCCGUGGAGGAAGUAAUGGGUGAAGGAAUAGAAGGGGAAGAGAGAAAGAGAAGAGCGAGAGUGCUUGGGGAGAUGGCAAAAAAGGCAAUGGAAGAAGGGGGUUCUUCGUACUUGAAUGUGAGAUUGUUGAUUCAAGAUGUCAUCAAACAAGUUAACCACAAGGAAUCAAUUGAAGAAGACGGUGCGUGUGGGUCUUAAAAGUUGAUGAGCAAAAGCGAUGUUUUGGAGUUUAGAUUUUAGAUUUUUUUUUUUUUUUUUUUUGGGUUGAUAUUCUUUAAUAUUUAUCUUGUUGAAUUAUGAAUUGGAAGUUUGAACUGUAGUUCAAUGAGAAAGAAUUCGGGCCAUAUGCAACUGUGGAGCUUGUUCA